AUGGAAGAAUUUCUAGAAAAUUGGGAUAUUAAAAUUAAACAGUUAUUUACUGACUGGGAUGAAAUGAAUCAAAACGCUUUGAAUUCCAUAUACAAAGCUUAUGAAGAUAAUUCACAACAGUGUAUCGAUCAAAUCCAACAGAUGAAAAAUCAAUUGUUACAUCGUAAAUUGAUCAAUUCAAUGGAUGAAAUUGAAAAUUUAAUUAAAGAAAAUUGUAUCACCAUUUUAGGUGAAUUACAAAGUCAAUUUGAAAAUAAUUUAAAUUAUCUUGAUUCUCAAUCUAAAAGAAUAAAUCGUCAAACACCAAUCAAUAACAUAGUUACACUUGGAUUUGAAAAAUAUAUUUGUAUACAACAACAACAACAACAACCACAACCACCAUCACCAUUACCACCACAGCAACAACCAUCACCACAACCACCACCAUCACCAUCACCGCCACAACAACAACAACAAUUCGAUGGAAAUGUUUCUAAAUUCAAUCAUAUUUUCUAUUAUAUAAAACAUCAUGAUAUUGCUAUGGAUGAUUUAAUUAAAUUUUUACAAUCAGAAAUGAAAUCUAAUUCUACAUUGAAUAUAUUUAUUGAUUAUUUAAUUAAAAAUAUUCAAUUAACCGGUAUUAUCACUGGUAAUGAAAUGAAUCAUUUGAAUGAAAUCAAUAAUAAUUUAUCAAUUAAAUUCAUUAAAAAAUCAAUAAAAUCAGAGAAUACAAAAACUAAUGAUACUCAAUUAUUGAUUAUCAAUAAUAAUAAUAAUAAUGAAAAUAAACCAAUUACUGUAAAUAAUUAUGUAACCGAUUAUAUUCAACCAAUUAAAAUUGAAAAAUGUUUAAAUCUAAUCAAACAUGUUAAAACAAUCGUUCGUAUAAAAAUAUUAGGAUAUUUGGAACAAUGGAAGAAUACAACCAUAUUAGCCGUAAAAGAGGAAGUUAUAGUUAGAAAAACUGAAUAUCAACUGCAACUCAAACUGCAUGAACCACGUAUUCGUCGGGUGAAAGAAGCAUUUCACAUUCAACUGGAUGUAGCAAAUGUAAGAUUAACUGAAUUAGUUUUCCAUCAAACACGUAUUGAACGACAUAUAACCUCAGUGAAUUUAAUAUUAAAUGAAAUGAAAAUUAAUUCAACAAAAAGUUUAAUUGAAACAAUAAAUAAGUCUGAAGAACAAAUGGAUGAAGCAAUUAAAUAA